AUGCAGGGUCUUGCGGAUGGUCCCGUCAAGACUCACCUGUUCCGGCUUGAACUAGAUUCACUAGAACAAGCCAUUUCCAUUGCGGAGCAGGAAGACUUCAGUCUGAGACAGGCUCGCGCCAGCUCGACAUCAUCGUAUCGUCAACCGAGACGAUAUGACAGCGGAGGUCCAGAGCCGAUGGAACUCUGUUAUGUAGAGAGCGAGAAGGCUCGCUCUACAGGCUACAAGAAGUUGCAGAGAUGCAACAGAUGUCAAAAGACAGGACACUACGCUUACGAGUGUAGUGCCCCUCGUCCAGUGUCUCGCAACACUGGGCGUAGUGACCGUCCACCCAUGAGAAAGGGGCAGGGACGAGGGUCCGCUGUUGGUGCAAAGACGCAACAACGGGAUGGACCGUCAAAAAACGGACAGGAUCAGUAG